GAAUUCUCCUGAGUUCACCUAAAUCCCAGGAAAAUCUUUUCUCACAAUCGUGCAUCACCCCAAAAAGGAAUUCGAUAGUCUUGAUGAGUGAGGAGUAAUUCUUUAAGGAAAAUCAACGAAUUUAACAAAAGUAUUGUGUUUCACUUGUAUAAAGAACAGUUUUAUUAUGGCUUGUUGUGUCCCAGGAUGCAAAACAUCUUAUAAGGAUCGAACGUCAAAUAAAUUGUCGUUAUUUACUCCUACUAUCGAAGCGCAAAAGAAAGAAUGGGAAAGAAUAUUAGGGGAAAAAACCACUCGAAAAGAAUGGAAAAAUAGUUAUAAAAUUUGUGAACUGCAUUUUUCUGAAAACCUUAUUGAGAGAGAGCGUAAUAUUUUUAAAAGAAAUGGAAUUGUUUUGAAGGAAGUGAGGAAAAGGCCUAUUUUAUCCACAAACGCAGUACCUUCAAUUUUUCCGGAUACCAUGAUGCAAAAAGAGUCAAAAGUUCGGUUAAAUGAUUAUUGCGUAAAAAUGUCGCACGACGUUUUUCUUGAAAGUAUAAAAAAUAGUUCAACAGAAAGUGUAUUUUGCGAUAAAACGAACAAUCAGUCAUUGAAUCAUUCACAUUCGAAGAAAAAUGAUAAAGUUUUAAAAAGAAAAUUAAAUGAUGAAACGGAAAAUUGUACAAUCGUUAAAGAAAGAAAAAUUGGCAAUUUGUUUGAAGAGGUAUUCAGAGAGUUAAAAGAAAAUUCCACCAUUUUCGAAAAUUUCAGAAGCAAUCUUUGGUUUACUAAUUACAUUGAAGCAGAAUUGGUUUCAUUUAAUAUGUGGAAAGAAGACUUUUCUGGGAUAUUGAAGAACAUUGUUCUUCACAAGGAUUCAAAAGUUCUUGUUCACAUAAAUGGAAAAACUAUUCAUUUGCCAGAAAUGGAGAAUCUUUCAGAAAUGAGUAGUUUUCAAAAGUUAUUAAAGAAAGUUGUCCAAAUUAAUCCAUGUUCAGGUAUUCAGGAGGAAAUUGGAGAUAACUGUGUUGGAUAUGUGGAAAGAAAUAAAAUGGGUCGUCCAGCAUUGCGGUGUGAGCCAUGUUUAAAAGAGCACGCGAAUGCUAUUCGCAGGAUUCCCGAAAAAUGGAAAGCUAUGAAAUCAAAAAAAUUAUAAUUAUGAAAAAUCGUUGCAACAAUACGCAUCGAAGCAAUAAUUUAUUGCGACAAAAAGAGAACAUAUUGUUCUUUCCUUAAAAAAGAAUCACUAAUUAUACUAUUUUUUGUAACCAAGAUUUUAUAUAUUAAUCUUAAUUUAUUUUGUUUUGUAGACAGUAAAUAAAUACACUUUAUUUUAAAAUAAAUAAUAUGCUACUGUUUAAA